AUGGCAUCGGCAGACGUUGGCUCUCCGCGCCUCGAGCGCCGCGAACGCGAUGGCGAUCUGGAAGGCGACCGCGACGCCGGCGACCGUCCUCACCACCGCGACAGCGAGCGCCCCCGCAACCGAGACAGCGACAGAGACAGAGACCGCAAUCGCGAUCGCGAUCGUGAUCGCACCGACAGCUACCGGCCGGCCCGCAAAGAACAACGCCGCCCGACGCCGCCCGUCAAGACGGAGGAGGAGAAGCAGGCCAUCGCAAAGGCCGAGUACGAGAAGCUGCUGUCCAUGCGGUCCGGAGGCACAUACAUCCCGCCCGCCCGGCUGAGGGCGCUGCAGUCCCAGAUCACGGACAAGAGCUCCAAGGAGUAUCAGAGGCUGAUGUGGGAGGCCCUGAAGAAGAGCAUCAACGGUCUGAUCAACAAGGUCAACUACUCCAACAUCAAGCACAUCGUCCCCGAGCUGUUUGGCGAGAACCUGAUCAAGGGCCGCGGCCUGUUCUGUCGCUCCAUCAUGAAGGCACAAGCCGCCUCUCUGCCCUUCACUCCCGUCUUCGCCGCCAUGGCCGCCAUCGUCAACACGAAACUGCCUGCCGUCGGCGAGCUCCUUGUCAAGCGCCUCAUCAUAUCCUUCCGCAAGGGCUUCAAGCGCAGCGACAAGGCCGUCUGCGUCUCGUCCACCACCUUCCUGGCCCAUCUCAUCAAUCACCAGGUCGCCCACGAACGCCUUGCCGGCCAGAUGCUCCUUCUCCUCCUCCACAAGCCGACCGACGACAGCGUCGAGAUUGCUGUCAACUUCAUGCGCGAGGUUGGCCAGCAUCUGCAGGACAUGCAGCCCGCUAUCGCCUUGGCUGUCUGGGACCAGCUGAGGAACGUGUUGCACGAGGCCGACAUCGACAAGCGCGUGCAGUACAUGAUCGAGGUCCUCUUCCAGGUCCGGAAGGACAGCUUCAAGGACAACCCACCCAUCAAGGAGGAGCUGGACUUGGUGGAAGAGGAGGACCAAAUCACACACAUGGUCGACCUCGACGGAGAGAUCGACGUGCAGGACAGCCUCAAUAUCUUCAAGUACGACCCUCAAUGGGAGGAGCAUGAGGAGGCAUACAAGAAGCUGAAGGCGGAAAUCCUGGGAGAGGGCAGCGACUACGACGACGAUGACGAAGACGACGACGACGAGAGCGACGAAGAGGAGGAGAACGAGGAGGAGAAGGCGAUGGAGAUCAAGGACCAGUCCAACACCGAUCUGGUCAACCUGCGACGCACCAUCUACCUGACAGUCAUGUCGUCCAUCGACCCCGAGGAAGCCGUACACAAGCUCCUGCGAGUCAACCUCCCUGCCGGACAGGAACCAGAACUUCCGUCGAUGAUUGUCGAGAUCUGCUCUCAGGAGAAGACCUUUUCCAAGUUCCACGGCCUGAUUGGCGAGCGCUUCGCCAAGUUGAACCGGCUGUGGACCGGCCUCUUUGAGGAGUCGUUCGCCGACUACUACAGUAAGAUCCAUCGCUACGAGACGAAUAGGCUUCGCAAUAUUGCGCGCUUCUUCGCGCACCUGCUCGCGAGCGACGCCAUCGGCUGGCAUGUUCUGUCCGUCAUCCACCUGAACGAGGACGAGACGACCAGCAGUUCCAGAAUCUUCAUCAAGAUCCUCUUCCAGGACAUUGCCGAGGAGCUCGGCAUGGCAAAGCUCCAGGCCCGGAUGAAGGACGAUAUCCUGCAGCCGAGCUUCGAGGGCCUGUUCCCUCGCGACAACGCGCGAAACAUCCGGUUCUCCAUCAACUACUUCACCAGCAUCGGCAUGGGCGCUCUCACGGAGGCUUCCAGAGAGUACCUCCAGAACAUGCCCAAGCCGGCUCUGCCCGCGCCGCCAGCUGCCGAUUCCGACUCGGACUCGGUGUCCAGCUACUCCUCCUACACUGGCUCGUCGUACUCUCGCUCGCGGUCAAGAUCGCGCACGCCCCGCCGUGCCAUCGACCGCAAACAUUCCGAGUCCAGGUCGCCUUCUCCCCGCGGGAGAGGACGCUCCUACAGCCGAGGCCGCAGCUCUACCCGAUCGCGAUCCUACAGCCGCUCGGUCACACCUCCUAAAAGGGGGGUCCGCCGCGACGACUCCUACUCUGCCAGCCCGCCGAGAAGGCGCGGCCGCUCAGUCAGCUAUUCUAGGUCUCCCUCUCCGGCCCGAAAUGGCCCGAGGGAUCGCAGUCUUAGCGUGACGCCGCCGCCGCCUCGAAGGACCGCCCGGAGAAGCAGCCCGUCCAUCAGCAGGUCUCCGUCCCCGCGAAGAGGGCGUUCCGCCUCCUACUCGGCCAGCCCCCCGCCCGCCCGAGGCUCGGCCCGCGGUCGCAGCCCCAGACCAGACCCUCGCCGCGCAGCCCGGCGGAACAGUUCGUCGGUGAGCAGUGCGCCGCGGAAACGCGCCCGCUACGACAGUCGCUCGCCGAGCCGUGCGUCGUCAUACGACUCGCGGUCCCGCUCUCCCGUCGACCGCCGCGGGCCUAGAGACAGAAGCCGCUCGCCUGCGCCGCGGGCCCGCACCGCCCCCAGCGUCUCACCGUCGCCGCCGCCGCCGAGGGCAGGGGGUGCCCGCCGCGGCGACUCGGUGUCGAGGUCGCCGAGCCCUCCUCCCGCGAGGAAGCCGCUCAAGAGGGGCUCGCCCGACGAUCGGGGCAGAGACUCGAGGAGUCCCGUCGGUGUGAAAAGGAGGAGGCACAGCGACUCUGUAUCCCGUUCGCGGAGCCCGCCGCCGUCCAAGAAGGGGCGGAGGUGA